AUGCUUUCAACUCCACUGACUCCUCCUUAUGGAGAUUCGGCCGAUAACAUUGAGAACGAUUCAUCCAAUGGCCGUAUGUUGACGGGCGAAUCGGACUCUUCUUAUACAAGUCAACCAUUUGCGCUUGCAACUCCGACGAGUAAUUCGAGUAUGAUGUUCAACGAAUCUAGCGAAGAAUAUACACCAGGGGGUCGCUCCUUCUCCGAGGACAUGAUGGAAGAAUCCGAUCAGGAUAUGUCUGAUGGAGGAGCGCCUUUGACAACAAUACCAUCGCAUGCAGAAGAACUCACCACUGAUAUGGAUCCAGGAGAUUCUGAAAACACAUACAAUAAUGAUCCAGCAGGACUACACAAUGACUCGCAGUCCCAAUUCUUGGCCAACCCAUCCUAUCUCCAAAGUUUCUUGGAAGAAAUCAAUGUGCCAUCGGAACUAGGAGGCAGCUUAUACCCAUUUGGAGCCUAUAUUUCUUUACCUUUACCUGAAGCCAUUAAUACCACCGAUUUGCCAGCUGUGAUGUCAGAGGUUUCGCAACAACUACAACACAUUCAGGAUGGGCAAGAGCAUGGAGAUUUUGAAUCGACCCCUGAUGAACAUCAUGAUAUGUUCAUAAAUUACAAUCAGAGUACACCCCCUGCUUCAUUUGUUCAAAAUUGCCAUGUGCAAGAUCCUCUUAAUCAAGAACUUGAUGGUUCGUUAACGUGGUAUGACCCCUCAGCUGGAGGGGCGCUUUUCACGUUAGCUACGUCACCUCAGGAAGACCGGGAAUAUGUUGAUCAGGUUGUUGACCAUGUCGCUCCCUAUGAAACUGGUCUUGACAUUAACUAUGAUGCUCACAACCUUUUUGAAACUGAUGCUGACCAAGCUCUAGUUGACAGCCAAUUUAACAUGAAUUUCGGCGAUUUUCUUAACGACUGGGCGACAUCUUUUGCUCGCAGAGGCACAAAUAAUUCGAAGCCUUCACAGGCCGCCAUCACUGCUCAUAUACUUGCCGAAAAUUUUGAGCCAAUGCGGAGAUGUGACCUUCAAGGAGAGGAAUGUGACAUUCAGAGAAUUGAUUGGACAGACUUGGGGGUGACACGAUUGGAGGCUAGACAAAGACGCCGGGCCACUUACAAAAACUAUACUAAUCUUGUAUACCCCAAUCGCCCACAGCUUAAUCCCCGGCAACUACAUGGUACAAGACUUAGAAAUGUUGAUAAUUACUUCAAAUUUCGGCAAAUGGAUUUUCAACAUGACGUCUACAUUCGACACUUUCAAUUGCGCAACUUAAUUACCUGCCCUUCACAAAACUGUGUGAUCUACGCUGCAAAAACGAAGGUGUUGCAUUAUGACCCUACCAUUGAAUCGACUCCUCGCGUGUUAAUGGAUCUUGGCAAUCCAAGAACGCAGUCAUUUCAUUCCUCCUUGAAUGGAUGUCAAGUAUCCACUCUAACUAGUGGCCACGAGAUCGUUGUUGCAGGUGGAUUCGAGGGGCAAUACGCAUUGAUUAGCACUAGGGCUCGAAAGGAUGCGAAACAUACUGAAGGCGUAAUUACAGAGCACCCGAAUGAUAUCACAAACCAUGCCCAAGUUCAUCUAUCAAGGUCUUCCUCGCCUCUAGUUACCUUUGCUUCAAACGACUCUGGCAUUAGAACUCUCGACGUCACAACCAAUAAGUUUAUUUCAGAGCAUAUGUAUGAUCAUGCUAUGAACUGCACAGCUGUAUCACCCGAUCGACGUCUACGUGUACUGGUCGGUGACACUCGAAAGGUUAUGAUCUGCAAUUCCGAAACAGGGCAAACUUUACAAGAGCUUGAGGGUCAUCUUGACUUUGGCUUCGCGUGUGAUUGGUCUGAAGAUGGAUGGACGGUAGCGACUGGAAAUCAAGACAUGCAAGUUAAGAUUUGGGAUGCUCGAUAUUGGAAUCGACCUGUAGCGAGUAUUGCUGCAGAUAUGGCUGGUGUCAGGAAACUCAAGUUCUCUCCUUUGGGUUCUGGUAGGCCAAUACUGGUCGCAGCGGAACCAGCUGACUAUGUCAAUAUCAUAAAUGCCGAAACAUUCGAUAGUAAACAGACUCUCAGCUUCUUCGGAGAGGUUGGAGGCUUUGACUUUACUAACGAUGGCCAAGAGCUGGUUGUUGCAAAUUGUGACACCUUAAGGGGCGGGAUAAUCGAAUAUGAACGUUGCGAUUUUGCUACCGAAGGUCUGUGUGGGAAGGAUGAGCAACUGAGAAAUAUGAUGGAUGAUGACGAAAGUAGAUUUAUGAUGGCUGGGAGAAAACGAGAUUAUGGCACCAGCCAUCUGGCUGAAGAACUUCUAGAGGAGUCACUAGCCCUUCGAGGUACUACGAAGCGCCGAGAGAGAAGAGCAGCUCUUCUAACCAACUUGGGAUCAUUUUAA